AUCCCGCCUUCAAAAGUGCCAACGGACCAAUCGGUGGCUGGUUGCUCGCGGGACGCUCGGCGUCGGGACACCACUGCAACCGCCAACGACGUCGACCUAUGUGAUACGGGACGAUCGCGUCGGAGCUAAUGUCGAUCUCUCGUCGAGAUACCGACUCCGAGACGUCAUCUAUCGUUGUUGGCCUUCCUGACGUGGUCGCAGCCCUUCGAGGUCUCGGGUUUCGGGUACCAACGACCCGGCCGCCGACUCGGGGACAGUCUACGCGAGCUACCCGCCGUUGAAUUAGUGGACGUUUCACUGAACUGAUAGAAUACUUCGGUUUUGCGAGUACAGUGCGAGAAUCUGAGAAAUCGGUGACCACAGUGAUCGCGAACUGUUCGGACUGGUGGUGUGCGCGAGUGUUGAUAAGUGAAUUUUUUGGAGCUCGGGAAUCAGUUGAUUGUUUCUCUAACGGGGAAUGCUUAUUGAUACAUCAUGAACGGGGCAACGCCGGUUUCUACUUCGGAUGAACACCAACAUCAGCAUCAGCAACCGCAGAAUGAUCCACCCCCAGAACAUCCGAGGAGUCCUACAAGUCCAUUGAGUAUUCGUCAUAAUUCGGGAGAGAGCAGCGUAAUCUCCCCAGGAUUACCAGAACGAUACAGUCCUUUAGGGGCAACAGGAUCGACCUCGAGUCACGAUCCUUACGCCUCGAGGUCCGUUCAGGAGUGUCCUGUUCCUCUGUGCAGAGGGAUACCAACGGAUUUCCCGCUUGCGAGGUCACCGUACUUAACUGCUCUCGGAAAUGGCCACCCCAAUUUACUGGGACAAGUCCAACAGCAGCAACAACAGCAGCAACAACAGCACCAACAGCAUCAGCAACAACAACAGCAGCAACAGCAACCGCAACACGGCAGCAAACCGCCCCGCAGCAAUGGUUUGAUAUGCUUGGUCUGCGGCGACACCAGUUCCGGGAAACAUUACGGAAUCCUCGCUUGUAACGGAUGCAGUGGCUUCUUCAAGAGAAGUGUUCGACGGAAGCUGAUAUACAGAUGUCAAGCUGGUACCGGAAGAUGUAUCGUGGAUAAACCUCACCGAAAUCAAUGUCAAGCAUGUCGCCUGAAGAAAUGUAUGCACAUGGGGAUGAAUAAAGACGCCGUGCAGAAUGAACGGCAACCCAGAAACACUGCCACCAUCAGACCGGAGGCUCUCGUCGAGAUGGACCAGGAGCGCGCGCUUCGGGAAGCCGCAGUGGCCGUCGGUGUUUUUGGGCCACCUGUGUCUUUAGCUAUGGCGAGAUACACAACACCAUUGCCUUUGCCCACUGUUGCGCCGACGACGAAUUCGGUGAACCCUCCGACGCCACCUCGACAGGAUAAUGAGGAUGGAAACGCAUCCGAGGAUAGCAUAGACGUGACUAACGAGGAACCGUUGACGCCUCAAAGAAGCGGGUGCACGCAACUUCCGCCUGUGAUCCCAUCAUUGUACUCGCCGGCUAGUGCUGAGACAGUUUAUGAAACUAGCGCGAGGCUACUUUUUAUGGCCGUCAAGUGGGCGAAAAAUCUUCCGUCUUUCGCAAGUUUACCCUUUAGAGAUCAGGUGAUACUUCUUGAAGAAGCCUGGUCCGAACUUUUCCUUCUAAACGCAGUACAGUGGUGCCUUCCACUAGAGUCGUCGCCCCUUUUCAAUUCGGCAGAAUUGACUGCGUUGACGUUGUCGCCGCAACCACAGCCGCAUACCGGAAUUCACAUGCAGACCACCACGGGCAAACCGAGUCAGGUGGCAGCGGAUGUAAGGCAUUUGCACGAUACUUUGCAACGAUACAAGGCUGUCAUGGUCGAUCCUGCAGAGUUUGCCUGCAUGAAGGCCAUCGUUCUGUUCAGACCAGAAACUCGUGGGUUGAAGGACUCGAGUCAAAUAGAAAAUCUGCAGGAUCAAGCGCAAGUGAUGUUAGGCCAACAUGCCAGAGCUCAACAGCCGGGCAGCCCGGCGCGAUUCGGCAGGUUGCUGCUGUUGUUACCGUUGCUGAGGACAGUGCCGGCGUCGCGUGUAGAGUUGAUAUAUUUUCACAGAACGAUCGGCAACACGCCGAUGGAGAAAGUCUUGUGCGACAUGUACAAAAAUUAGAAGCAUCCAUUGAACCAGGACCAUUCAAAAGGUUUUCUGACUACUAUGAAGAAUUGAUACUCCAACGUGUAGUGCCGUGGUAUCGAGAGUACUUUCCAAUGGAAAUGUUUAACUACUUCUGUGAUGCAUUUAACUCAUUCAUAUUUAGACGACACCAACUGUCCAACAUUGGAAGAUAUUAGGGCACCCUACUCGCAAUCGAUCGGAUCACCAAGAACUUAUGAUAAUAAGGAUUUCAUUAUCGAACUGACUUCUUUAAUACGAAGUGCACAACACGAAGAUUUGCAUUCGAUGGAACCAUUGCAGUGGUGUGCAGUGUCGUCACGAAAAUAUUCGUUGGUUGUGGAAGAGACUAUUGCAAGAUUAGGGAACGAUUAAAAGUAUUGUGCCGACCAAAUGUUUGAGGUGGAUCAAUUGUAGUCGAUCGUUUCUACGAUUGAGAAAGGUUUGGCCUAAGGAUGAAGCCCCAAGCAUGACCCUUCGAUUCACGAUCCGCGAUCUGGUGAUCUCGUUUUCUCGCUAGAUCGGGAUCGACUAACGAUGGAUACUUCGAGAAAGGUAACGCAUCGAUGCAUACAGUAUAUAGGUAACAAUUCAACGGUAUCUAAGGCGAACGAGAGAGAUUCUCAGUCGCGAUUUAAGAAUAAUAGAAAUAUAUAUAUAUAUAUAUAUAUGUAUGUAUAUGUAUAUAUAUAUACACACACACACAUUUAUUUAUUAUAGAAAUGUUUACCGAACAUUAGGUUCGACGUGUUGACCAAAUCGUUUUGUUCAUCGUUUCUAAACGCCCUCGAAACAAUUUUGUACGAAAGUCUGACGAAGUUUUGUUUUAGACUCGAGGGAGAUAGAGAUUUUCACGUUUCUGUUUAUUCUAUCAGUUUUCUUCUUGUAUUAUUCAAUGUAAGGAUUUGAAUGUACGAGUAAUAGGUAUGAGUUUUACGACAAUUGUAAAGACAAGUAUUCGUCUGUGCUUUUCUUGUAUAUUUCAUGUUG